AUGUUGCGGAGGCUGCUGGAGCGGCCCUGCACACUGGCCCUGCUUGUGGGCUCCCAGCUGGCUGUCAUGAUGUACCUGUCCCUGGGGGGCUUCCGAAGCCUCAGUGCCCUAUUUGGCCGAGAGCAGGGGCCGACAUUUGACUAUUCUCAUCCCCAUGAUGUCUACAGUAACCUCAGUCACCUACCUGGGGCCCCUGUUGCCCCAGGGGGUCCUCCAGCUCCUCAAGGUCUGCCCUACUGUCCAGAACGAUCUCCUCUCUUAGUGGGUCCUGUGUCCGUGUCCUUUAGCCCAGUGCCGUCCCUGGCGGAGAUUGUGGAGAGGAAUCCCCGGGUGGAGCCGGGGGGUCGGUACCGCCCCGCAGGGUGUGAGCCCCGCUCCCGAACCGCCAUCAUUGUGCCCCACCGUGCCCGGGAGCACCACCUGCGCCUGCUUCUCUACCACCUGCACCCCUUCCUGCAGCGCCAACAGCUCGCCUACGGCAUCUACGUCAUCCACCAGGCUGGCAAUGGGACCUUUAACAGGGCCAAGCUGCUGAACGUUGGGGUGCGGGAGGCCCUGCGUGACGAGGAAUGGGACUGCCUGUUCCUGCACGACGUGGACCUGCUGCCCGAGAACGACCACAAUCUGUAUGUGUGUGACCCCCGGGGACCCCGGCACGUCGCCGUCGCCAUGAACAAGUUCGGAUACAGCCUCCCGUACCCCCAGUACUUUGGAGGAGUCUCGGCGCUCACUCCUGACCAGUACCUGAAGAUGAAUGGCUUCCCCAAUGAAUACUGGGGCUGGGGCGGUGAGGACGACGACAUUGCUACCAGGGUACGUCUGGCUGGGAUGAAGAUCUCGCGCCCCCCGACAUCCGUGGGGCACUAUAAGAUGGUGAAGCACCGAGGAGACAAGGGAAAUGAGGAAAACCCCCACAGAUUUGACCUCCUGGUCCGUACCCAGAAUUCUUGGACACAAGAUGGGAUGAACUCACUGACAUACCGACUGCUGGCUCGAGAGCUGGGCCCUCUCUAUACCAACAUCACAGCAGACAUUGGAACUGACCCUCGGGGUCCCCGGACUCCCUCCGGGCCCCGUUACCCACCUGGUUCCUCCCAGGCCUUCCGCCAAGAGAUGCUGCAGCGCCGGCCCCCAGCCAGGCCUGGCCCUCUGCCUACUGCCAACCACACAGCCCCCCAGGGCUCACACUGA